AUGCGCCCGCGACUUCGUUUGAACUCGGACGCCGCUGUGAACCGACCGCCGUCGGCAUUCACGCCUCAUAGCGGCGUGGCGUACCGUCCUCCCUCUUCUUUUACACCUGAAGAGGUGAACCAAGCAGAGUACCCACACACUUCGGUAUUCAGGUCGCACAUCAUGGAUGUUAGUGUACAAAGCGCAGCUGUGAAGAUGACCGCAUCCACUUCUUCCACUUCCUCCGCGCGACCACUGCCCAUCUACGGCGAUCAUGACCGCAUAUCUGGUUCGGUGAAGUUGGCUACACACAUCAAGCCGUCGAGCGGGCGUAUGUCUGUUUCGUUUGAAGGCAUGUUCGAGUAUCGGUCUCCAUCGGCGAAGGUGGCACAGGGCACACGCACGACUCCCCAGACAAGCCCGCACAAGCAUGUCUUCUUCUCAGAGUCGGCUAUUCUGUCGCCAAUGAUCGACUCGUCGGGACCGUUAUCCGCAAUUGUUGAGGCCUUCUCAACGAGAAACAACCCCGUCAAGUCGCCUUCCAUUAGGAGCACCCUUCGUCGCAAAGCCAGCUUCACUUCGACGCAUAGUUCAACAGCCGAGACCCGCACGUUUGCCUUCAGUUUGCCUCUGCCACAGAAGGCGGUCUCUGGCGACCAACUGCCGCCGACCAUGUCUUCGACGGUGAUUGACAGCGCUCGACCUAAGGCGACCGUGGAGAAGGUCGAUGUCUGUUAUCGUCUGGUUGCCGUCUGGGAACCUCACGAGGAUGGGGAAGAACGCGUCGUUAUAGAAAUCCCCGUCCGCUUUCAGCCAGAACCUGAGUUCCAGUCGGCCGACGUCCCUACGGUGUACAACUCGUGGUUGGAGAUCCCCCUGCGUGCCGAGCGCUCGGUGCCAUUCCAGUGUGCUGUUACGAUCCCGACCCCUUCGUCGUUCCCGCGCUCAGCGACCGUUCCCUUUUUCGUUGUAUUCUCCACCACCCCGCGGUCACGUCAGCUGGCUCGAGAAAUCGCCUCGGACGCAACCAUCACUGUGAACCUUUUGCGCCAGGUUUCUGUCGACUCGAGCCAGUCGAGGCCGAGCUCGCUGAGCUCGUCUACGACUACGACCCCUUCGUCGCCUCCCAGUUCACCCAGUGACGAAGGCUCGGACCCUCUGCCGCCCACGAGCUAUCACAGGCGCACCGGCAGCCGUCUGCUACUGAAACGCGGCGCACGGUCCGCGCGGCCGUUACUCCUGCGUGCCUACCGAUCCGUCACGGACCUUGGCGAGGCGUCUAAAAUCACGAAGCCAUUGCCUCCCUUGCCGCCCGCCGUUCUGCAGGAUACCAAGGUUCUCCAAACGGCAGUGUCAAUUGGCUUCCCUAAACGUCCCCGCCAGGCUGAUGGCCAGGGCUCUUCUGAGCCGUCCAAGUCGCUACCAGACGGCCUGUAUCGCGGCAAAAUCCCGCUCGGCUCGAGCAUGCUCCCUUCGUUCGAGUGGGCUGGGCUCUCGGUUAAGUAUUACCUCGAAGUUUCCGUACUCUUCGGCCAGGACGAACAGCGCGUGCGCGUUCCUGUUCGUGUGCAAUAA